AUGGAUUCGGAAUCCUCUAUUACCGAACCAAAAGCCGCCGCCAUAGAAAGUCAAACCUCAGUCGAAGCCACCAUCAAAGAAUCCACCACCACCUCUCAAGGAGAAGCCGCCGACUCCACCUGCAAUGAAAAUGGCAAUGGAGAAACUUCAGACCCAGAGAAAUCUCUAAAUUUCGCUGUUGAGUUAGCAGAGAAAGGAACUAAAGCGCUUAAAGAAAACGACUUCAGUGAAGCCGUAGACUGCUUUAGCCGUGCCCUUGAAAUCAGGGUUUUGCAUCAUGGUGAGCUUGCACUUGAAUGUGUGAAUGCAUACUAUCAAUAUGGACGUGCACUGUUGUAUAAAGCGCAAGAUGAGGCUGAUCCAUUGGCUACGGUCCCCAAGAAGGAUAGUGAAUCUAAACAAGAUGAUGAUAAAGAUGGAGCUUGCAAGAAUGUUGUAAUUGGAGAAUCUUCGACUGCUUCUGCUUCUAGCAAUGUCGAAGAGGGUGGAGGUUCUAAUCAUCCACAACAUGCAGCUGAUGAUGGGAUGAAGGAAAUGAUAUUUGAGAUGGUUUUCAUGGUAAAUGAUAAAAUGAUUUUGUAUGCACUAAGAUGGUUAAACUUCCACCAAGCUUCUGGUGGGAAGGAUGAAGAAGAAGAAGAUGAGGGAAGUGAUGACGAGGACCUUGCUGAAGCAGAUGAAGAGGAAUCUGACCUUGAUUUGGCGUGGAAAAUGCUAGAUGUUGCAAGGGCAAUUGCAGAAAAACACCCUGGUGACACGAUGGAUAAAGUUGACAUACUAUCAGCACUGGCAGAAGUUGCAUUGGAAAGAGAGGAUUUUGAAACAUCUCUCAGUGAUUACCAGAAAGCACUAUCCAUUUUAGAAAGGCUUGUUGAACCAGACAGUAGACUUUUAGCUGAACUGUAUCCUUUUCAAGGUUUAGAUACUCCUUGUUUUGAGAUACGUACUGGAGCUCAGUCUCAGGAAGCCAUCCCAUAUUGCCAGAAGGCUAUAUCACUUUGCAAGGCACGGUUGCAGCGACUCAUCAAUGAAGUGAAGAGUUCCACAGAAUCAUCUACUACAACUUCAGCUAUUUCUGACUUAGAUGAGGGUGUCCAGCAGUCCUCUAAUGUGCAGGCUGAUAUAUCUAUGACAGAUAAAGAAGCAGAGAUUGAAACGCUUACUGGACUGUCCGUAGAUCUGGAAAAGAAGCUUGAAGAUCUACAACAGCUGGUCCUGAACCCGAAGUCCAUUCUCUCAGAAAUCCUGGGAAUGGUAUCUGCCAGGGCACAAGGUGGCAAGAAGAGUGCAUUUCCAAUUGUCACGGGCUCUUCUCAGAUGGGUACUGCUACUAGCAGUGGAGGUUUCGAUUCUCCAACCGUCUCCACUGCUCACACAAAUGGGGUGUCUGGAGUCACAGAUCUUGGUGUUGUGGGAAGAGGAGUUAAGCGAGUUCUGAAAAGUACAGGGUCGGUGGGAUCAAGCCCUGUGAAGAAACCUACUCUGGAUCCAUCAUCGGACAAAGGGGAUGGAAAAACCUGCAUUUCACGGUCGGUCCAGUUGACAGGUAAUGUGUUUAGGUUUAUCAACAAUCUGCUUAACCUUGGAAUCUUCUUUUGCCAGCUCUCUCCGGGUCCUCUACACCGUAUGUGGGAGGAUAUUGCCAGCUCUCUCUGGGUCCUCCACGCCGUAUGUGAGAGGAUACCUCCUCCUUUUAAGCUAAUGGUUGCUUUCAGCAAUGAAUGA